CUUGUAGCGACAAGGAAGCUCCCGCCUGUUCAAGCCACCAUAGCACGGAGUUUGGGAAUGCAGGUCAGACCAUCACUCCAACCAUCACGAUGGCGACCACGUUGUCGUGAUCGCCGCCAUGGCAACGAGGGGGGUCAUUGUCAUAUUCCGAUUUUCAUCAUGGCAUCGUUCAACCAGCUCCCCUUCGUCAAAUUCGCUCGCGACGGCAAUCAGUACAUUUCGUACUCAAAGAUCGACCCCACGGGCCCGUCCCCACCCGCCCCUCGCACGUUUGUGUGUGUCGCAGGGCUCGGUGAAACUCGCUACACGUAUCGUUUCGUUGCCCCCUUGCUUGCACAAGCUGGUCAUGUCGUGUACAUGAUGGAUCUGCGAGGGAUGGGCGAUUCGUCCACUGGUUUUACCAGCUAUUCCGUCGAGAGCUGUACCGAGGAUAUUGCAGCGGUCGUCGCCACCAUCGCCGGCCCUGUUGUGAUGGUCGGCAGCAGCUUUGCUGCCGCUUGCAUUGUGCUGCUUCAGGCCCCAAACGUAGUCGGCUCCAUGCUCCUUGGGCCGUUCGCCCGCGACCAACCUGGUUUUGCCAACAAAGUAUUCUCGUUCCUCGCCCCGGCCUUGUUUGCUCGACCGUAUGGAGUCUCCAUGUGGAUAUCGUACUGGAAGACGCUAUUCACGACGCCAAGCCCUGAUGCCGCUGCUUACGAAGCGUACUUGACGUCCAACAUGAAAGAUUCGGGCCGCCUCAACGCACUCCUUCGACUGCUCCAAGCGUCAAAGGCAAAUGCGGGAAACCACUUGGAAACGUUUACGUUGCCCAUGAUCAUCGGGAUGGGGUCCACAGACCCCGACUUUCGCAGCCCGGAAGCGGAAGCGCAGUUCCUUUACAAUACCAUUCGAAGCUCCGUGAAGAAGAUUGUGAUGUAUCCCAACGUGAAGCAUUAUCCCCAGGUUGAAUGCCCGUCCGACGUCGCUCGCGACUUGCUCGAGGCUGCGUUUUAAGCCUGUGCCGCACACUUUCUUCUCGACCAAGCCAUGCGCUUCAUGUCGUCGAGUGGCGUUUGCAUGGCGAAUGUGUCCAUUGGGUUGCAUGCACGACGCCGAAUAAUAAAUACCAUGCAUCCGCCUCCCUCCAAUUACUGAUUUCCCCCCGACUUUGGAACAGGCAAAAAAGUGCAUUUUUGACAGUAUAUAAGGAAUCACAGUUAUUAGUUUUCACUCAA